AUGUCCAAGACCAAGGUUACCGACAAGUCGUCCAAGAAGGACAAGAAGGCUGAGCUUUCGAGCGUCAAGGCCGGUCGCGUUACCAAGCCUGCACAGACACCCAAGUCGAAGAGCAAGGAUAUUGCAAAGUCAGUUGCCUCCGGUGUCAAGGACAAGAAGAAGACGAAGAAGGCUCCUACCCCGGAGCCUGAGUCUGAGUCCAGCGAGAGCGAGAGCGAGAGCGACGACGAGUCCUCCGCCAGCAGUAGCGAGGAGGAGGUCGUCGAGAAGAAGACUCCUGCCAAGGCUGCUCCCAAGGCUGCUGCUAAAGCCGACUCCGAUUCUGACUCGUCUGACAGCAGCGAGGACGACAGCGAUAGUGAGAGCGAGGAGGAGAAGCCCGCCACCAAGGCCAAGGCUAACGGCGCCACCAAAGAUGCCGAGUCUAGCGAUUCUGCCAGCGACUCCGACAGCAGCGCGUCUGACGAGGACAAGCCUGCUGCAAAGGCUGACAAGGCCGAGGCUUCUGACUCCGACUCGGACGACUCUGAUUCCGACUCUGCCGCGAGCGAGGAGGAGGCUCCUUCCAAGAAGCGCAAGGCCGAGGCCGCUGCUGAGCCGGCUGUCAAGAAGACCAAGACUGAUGCUCCCGCCGCUGGCGAGGGUAUCAAGAACCUUUUCGUCGGCAACAUGAGCUGGAACAUUGACGAGGACUGGCUCCGCCGCGAGUUCGAGGGCUUCGGCGAGAUCAUCGGCUGCCGUGUCAUCACUGACCGUGACACCGGCCGUGCCAAAGGAUUCGGCUAUGUUGAGUUUGCUGAUGCUGCUGAUGCUGCCAAGGCUCAGGCCGAGAUGCACCAGUACGAGCUUGACGGUCGCCAGUUGAACGUCGACUUCAGCACCCCUCGCCAGAAGCCUGACGCGGGCAAGACCAACGACCGUGCCGGCCGUUAUGGCGAUAAGCGUAGCGCUCCCAGCAACACCUUGUUCCUCGGCAACCUGUCAUUCGAUUGCACCAACGACGCCGUCCAGGAGAUCUUUGCCGAAUACGGCAACAUCACCCGUGUCUCUCUGCCUACCGACCGUGACACUGGCUCGCUCAAGGGCUUCGGAUACGUCGACUUCAGUUCUCAAGAUGAGGCUACUGCCGCUCUUGAGGCCUUGAACGGCCAGGAUAUUGCCGGUCGCAACAUCCGCAUCGACUACGCUGCUGCUCGUGAGGACAACGGCGGCGGCGGACGCGGUGGCGGCUUCGGUGGUGGUCGCGGUGGCGGUCGCGGCGGCGGCCGUGGAGGCUUCGGUGAUCGUGGCGGACGCGGCGGUGGCCGUGGAGGUGGCCGUGGAUUCGGUGGCGGUCGUGGAGGAGGUCGUGGAGGCGGUCGCGGUGGAAGCUUCAACCGUGGCGGCUUCGGCGACUUCGCGGGCUCCAAGAAGUCCUUUGACUAA